UCGAUAUUUUGAUAUAUUUCCAACAACUCUAGCUUUGUUUUGGAAGAAAUUAAAAAAAUUGGAGAUGCACUUCAAGACAUUACCCAUUUAUCUGGGCCUCGUGCCUCUACUCCUCCAGGUCACAAGUGCUGUCCCCGAGGAGGAGCAGGGCGUUCGCUAUGCCAAUCGCUGUGAAGCCUGCAAAAUCCUGGCCGCCGAACUGGAGGCGCGGCUCGGUGAGACCGGCAAGUCCCAUGAUGUGAUCGAGAUCGGCUAUUCCUUGGAUGAUGUGAAGCCAAAAAAGCGCACGGAAUACCGGCGAAGUGAGCUGCGGCUGCUGGAGUCUCUGGAGAACGUCUGCGAGCGUGUACUCGAGUACAAUCUGCACAAGGAACGGACGGACAGCACGAGAUUCGCCAAGGGCAUGUCGCAGACCUUCCAAACCCUUCACGGCCUGGUGGACAAGGGCGUCAAAGUGGAUCUGGGCAUACCCUACGAACUGUGGGACAAGCCACCCGUCGAAGUCACCCAAAUGAAGACGCAGUGUGAAAAUAUGCUGGAGGAAUACGAGGAAAGGAUCAGUGAUUGGUACUUUGCUCAGGAUAAGAAGUCCCUGAAGAAGCACCUUUGUGAGGAUCAUGUCCUCAAGAGGAAGGAAGAACGAGAAUGUCUUAAGGAGGAACUGCCACCACCGAAACCCAAAAAAACGGACAAAAAGAAGUCGAAAGGAGAUAAAGAGGAAUUGUGAGGCCAAAGAGCAAAUGCAUAUCAAAUGAACUAAAUUCUAAUCAAUUCCAUUUCGUUAAGAAGAUUCAAGUUAAUUUUUAAAUAUUUGAUAGCAUUUAUACGAUUUCUCAACAUUUUAGGUAUAAGUAAUAGAAGUUUAAUAUUUUUUUUAAUUUGCUUGAGAAAUGGAAUUACAUUAGAAUAAAACUGUAGUUUAAAGA